GCCAGUGCUGUAGCUGCCCCCAACCCGCCAACAACAACAAUACCCCCAGUCAUCACCUUCCUUCAGUCAGCAAUAACAUUUAUCAUUUUAAAUGAUACAUAAACGCCAUAUCUCUGUAUUUUGUAUGAAGUAUCAAUAACACUGGUGGUACCCACAUAUGCUGUAUAUGAGAACAUUAGAAUUAAGAUCUUCUCCCAAAAAUGAGGAACAUAAAACAGUAUACAUGGAUACAGAGGUGGAGAAUACCCUGGAGUUCCUCCUAUGUUCAUAAAUAUAUUGUUUACAAAUGGAAGCCACACCAAUACGUGAGAUAUAUGAGCCAUAUAAGUCCCAGCAUACCAGCAGGGUCUUUGAAAUCUGCAAAGCCUUUCUCUUCAAUUCCUGGCCCUGUCAGUCUCCCAGUCCUAGGCACAUUGUUUCCAUACAAAUUAGGACUCAAGAAGCUUCCAACUUAUCAUCGAGAUGUCUGUGACCUUUAUCAUAAGUAUGGGCCAAUAGUGAGGGAAGUUUUUGGCUCUCAGGUCGUGGUUCAUGUAUUUGAUCCAGCUGAUAUUCGGGCUGUUUACGAGAAUGAUGGAAAAACUCCAUUUAUUCCACCAUUACAAGAAACAACACAGUUUUAUCGCCAGCAGAAAAAGAUGUCUCUUGGCCUUGGGAACUUGAAUGGUGAGGAAUGGUACAAACUGCGGCAUGCUGUGCAGCAAAUGAUGCUGCGUCCUCGAGAAGUUAGCUACUAUUAUCCUCUACAGGAUAAUGUGGCCAAAAGUGCUGUAGAUAAACUAGCACUUGAGAUAAAUGAUACAAAUUUUAGUUCUAAAUUGCACUACUUUGUUGCUAAAUGGAUUCUUGAAUCUGCAGGAAUGUGCUGUUUUGAAAAAUCUCUUGGUUGCUUCAAUGGUGGUGAGAAAGAAGACUUGGCACAAAAACUAGUGGAGGCAAAUAUUAAAAUAUUUCAGUUGUCAGCGGAGCUUAAGUUUUCACUGCGACUGUAUCGCUACUUCAAAACUCCAAAGUACAAAAGGCUUCACGCCCUUGAAGAUUUCUUCUAUGGAGUAUCAAUUAAGUUCAUCAGAGAUGCCAUGGAUGAAAUCAAGGCUCUUAUGAAAGAUAAUAAACUAAAGGAUGGCCAAUUCAACUUCCUCACCUACCUCAUGUCCCGCAAGGAACUGUCCGAGAAGGAUAUCAUCACCAUCACUUUAUCUCUUUUCUCCGAUGGGCUCUCCACAACGGCUCCAACGUUACUUGGCAAUCUUCACUGUUUAGCAUUAAAUCCAAGUAUUCAAGAUCGGCUCUAUCAAGAAAUUAGAACACACGUUGACCCAAAUGCUCCAAUAACGGUACAAAUCGUCAACAAACUACCUUAUCUGAGGGCAUUUGUUAAGGAGGUAUUCAGAUUUUAUCCAAUUGGUGAAUCUGUUCAACGUCUUCCGCAGAAGGAUAUGGUUUUAAGUGGGUAUCAUGUGCCUGCUGGGACUUACAUUGACUUGAAUGCUUAUGUGUGGUUACAAUGUAAUGAUUACUUCAAAGACCCAAACAUACUGCGUCCCGAGCGCUGGCUGCGAGAUUCAUCUGGAAGUUUGAAUGUUGAUCCCUACAUCCUUAACCCAUUCAGUAUUGGCACUCGGAUGUGUGCAGGUCGCAGAUUUGCAGAGCAGGAUUUGUACAUUGGUUUGUGUCGAUUGCUGCUCAAGUUUCAUUUGGUAGCAACAGACAGCAGUCCACCACAACAAAACUGGAGCAUGUUACUGAGGCCUAAGAUUCCACUGCCUCUACAGUUUAUUCUAAGGAAAUAAGGAAAAUUUAUAUACUGUACCCCAGUGUGAGUAUCCAUGUGUAUGUAAACAAUUUCUUUGCAAAAAAUAGUCAAGACAGUGGCUUAACGCCAGGUAAUAAUUUUAUAAUAAGAGUGAGAAUUCUCCCAUUUUAUCAAGCUAUGAUCUUUUCUGGUGGCUGGUUCUAGUUUUAUAUACAAUAACCAUACAAUAUUUGAUUGGUUAUAGUCAACAAAAAUCAGUUAGUGGUCCCUAUUAUUGGCAGAAUUUUGUUUAAAGCUACAAUUUAUAUAUACGGUAUAUAUUAGAAUGAUUAGUCUAAAUGAGAGAUUCCUGAAUGUUAUUCAGUAGUAUAUCUGUGAUAUGACUGAAAUUUAGUGGUGCUACAAUUCAUAAGUAAGUGUUGACCUUUAGUACAAGAGCUGAUUAUGACAUUUACUAUUUGCUUGAGUUAUGCAAAGUGUCACGUAUGGUAUAUGGAAGAGAGGAAGGAACAAGCAAAAAUAAUGUGAGUGAGGUGAGGAGUAGGUAAGAGAAAGGUAAGAAUAGGAUGAAGGUAAAAAUUGACUGUAAGAGUAGAGUAAGAAUUGAGUGAAUUUAAGAAAAAAGAGGAAGGUAAGAAUAAGAAAAGGGGGUAUCUUGAGGCUAUCUUGAGAUGAUUUCGGGGCUUUAGCGUCUCCACGGCCCGGUCCUUGACCAGGCCUCCACCCCCAGGAAGCAGCC